AUGCGACAUCGCCGAUCAGGACGAAAAUUUGGAAGAGCAUCAGCCCCGCGCAAAGCGAUGUACCGCAUCAUGGUCACCGACCUGCUGCGGCACGAAGUGAUACGUACGACGCAUGCCAAAUCCAAGGAAGUCGCGCCGCUGGCAGAAAAAAUGGUCACCCACGCCAAACGGGGCGACCUCCAUAACCGGCGACAAGCAGCGGCGUUCAUCACCGACAAAAAAGUGCUCUCCAAGGCCUUCGAUGAAUUGGCAGACCGCUAUCGCGAUCGCAACGGCGGUUACACCCGUGUCAUCAAACUCGGUAAGCGCGCAGGCGACGGGGCCGAAAUGGCGCUCAUCGAACUCGUCGACUGA